CGGAAAGAGGUGUUAAUAAUUUGAAAUAAAAAUAAGUGAAGAUGGCCGGCAGCUGGGUUUUUGGGUGUGUGGUGCUACUUGCAGUUCUUCAACUCGCGAUUUGUGACCAGCCAAUGGCCUGGAGCUGCCUAGUGGCAUUUUGGGUUUUUGUAGGGUACCUUCAAGUGGCAUCUUGUGACCUGCCAGAAAAAUGUGUCCAACACUCCGAAUGCCCAGAGAAAAUGGCGUGCGAGAGCGAAAGCUCUGUGCGUGGCGUGGAUCCAUGUCUCGCAUCGCUCGCACAUGCUAAGUGUGGCACCGCCGCUAGUUGUGUCGUCGAUGAGCAUGUGGCCAAAUGCCGUUGCGAUCCAGGAACUCUGGGUGAUCCCUACGAGAGCUGCAGCUCCUCAGUGUAUGACGUACUUUUACAAGGAGGAGUAGGCUAGGUUUACAGUAAUAAAAGAGCAAAUGUGGGACGAUAAAAACUUGGUGUUCAUUUUUGUGCCUAGAUAUUAACAUUAUGGAUAAUAAUUAUGUUUGCUCAUCUUGAGCAAUUCUAAUAAUAGAAAGCUAAUUAUUAACAAAUCAAUGGCAAAUAAAUGACAACUAGGUAUUUACGUAAGCUAACUUGUAAUAAAAUAUUUGCAUUAAUUUUCGUGAGUAUUACUGAAGUAUACACCUAGCUUUGUUUCUUUUGAAAAUAAAGUUAUUAGGUUACUCGUAAUAUUUAGGAAUAUCAAAAGCUAUAUGCAGCUACAUCCCAGUCC